AGUAUGGUCUGCAGAGUCGCCAUAAAGCCACCAACGAGUCACCAUUGUUAGGGUUAUUUUAUGUUUUCAGGAAUGUAAGCCAGAGAAUACUGUGGCAUAGUUGACUGUGUUUGAAUGUGUGUGGGUGUACUGUACACACCAGUGUCAUUACUGCAUCUUAGUAUUGUAUCCUGUGGAACAAUAAUCAGAGGCUUUUAGUGCAGAAGCUUUUUGUGAAUUAUUUAGGCCUGAUAUUAUUUGCAGCGGUUAGCAGAAACAAGCUAGGGCACUAAACGACAAAUGGAUUUCCUCAAUGAGAUCUCCCGGGGUGGUGCCGAUGGUAUGGGGUAGAGUGGAUGAGCAGGGGAGGGCACUUUCUCCUCCGCUAAUUGCUUUAGGCACUUCCUAGUAAGAACCUCCCAGUCUGGGUGGACCCGCUGCGUCCCUGCAGGCACUGUGUUUAUAAGAGCGGGCCGGCACCUACGACCCCCCUCAUGAGCAGACCCCCUGGAAAUCGGGUGAGUUUGACCGAAGGCCGUUGACCACUGCUUGUGUGUGUGUGUGUGUGUGUGUGUGUGUGUGUGUGCGUGCGACUGAGUUUUGGACAGUAUGCAUGCUGCCUGGCCUGGAGCCCCAUCUGGUUACAUGGGGCUGGAGAACUGGGGAAACGCCUGCAGUCUUGAUAAAUCAUGUGGACAGGUUUCACCAGGAUUUCUGUUGUCAUUGAGUCGAUGACAACAUGGCGGUUUUAUGUGCUGUUGUGAAGCAACGACGUCUAUAAGAACUAUAGAUGUGGCUCAAGGAUGGUUUUCGAUUAUUUCUCUUUUUAAACUAGAUUGUAAGUUGAGCAGUACGUUAGAUGAAGGCUGUGCUUCACAUCAGGGUAAUACUGAAGUUUUCCUUCGGCAAGCUGGGAGAGAAGUGCUGUUCCAGUGUCUACAUGAGUCAAUGGACUUUUAUGGGAUCAGUAACGGUUUGAUAUCUUCAGACCUGCUUUUAUAAAUCUACAGAACAGCAUUUCCUCAGUCACAGCUAUGUACUGUUAUUUCGCUACAACAAUAACGAGCAGAACUCCCAGGCUGAAAGCUGCAGCGUACUUUGGAAGGUUCUUGUUUUAGAGUUUUUCCAGAACGAUGUUAGACAUUUAUAAUUGUAAUUUAAACAAAAAACGAAAUUCGUAAUUCUGAUCUAAAAUCCCACUUCCAAAAUAUUGACAAGUAAUAGCCAUGGAGUUAUAAUAUUUUUUUCUGUACUGUUUUGUGAAAUAUCUUGCCUUUGAUGUAUGUUGUAAUCAGUGCCAGAUAGGCGAACCUGCAGAUUGUUGCAUUGGCUUUAUAUCUGCUCUCUUUAUACCUGGUGUUUUGUUACUGUUGAGCAAUUCUCCUUUGCUGUGUUCAGCAGGCUUUAUUCCUCUAACACGACUGCCAUCUUGUGACAGGACAGAGCACAGCAGAGCCUCUACGGCACAGCUGAUGACAACAUUGCCUUGGAUCUUUUUCCUAACACCAAGAAUAUUGGAUUUGAUAGCACACUGACAUAACCUAAUUAGCUGAACAAUUUGGAAUUGAAGUUAGACACUGGUGUCCACAGACAGUGAGAAAUAGUGACCUUUUCUGUAGAUUCCUUUAAGUCUGCUUUUUUUUUUUUUCACAACUUGUUCAAUCUUUGAGUGGGGUUUUUCUGUGCUGACUUAGAAACAUUUUAACACUUCUGUUCCACAUAGGAAAUGAAUGUAAGUCCGCCUGCUCUGGCCCCCGGUGCAUGUCUGAAUGUCCCCUUGUCCUCAGCUGUCCCCGAUACAGACAUGCCUCACGCAUGUAUCCUACGGUUCUACUCCUUAGUUAACCAGGGUGUUUAUCUGAAUGCAACCCAUCAGUGUAACCCUACCAGCGUGUGCCUGUGGUGGGGGGCGGGGCCCUGACUCUGAUUACACCAUGCAUGGCUGUCAGCUCCUGCUGCCCUGGGCGGAGAGGGACGCCUUCUUCUAAUUGGAGUAACCAGGUGCUAAGUAGGUAGCCGUGUCCUGCCUGGCUCCGUCCGGCCCCACUUCUCCUUUCUCGCUGAAUGUUGGGUCGCCGCGGCGACAGCAGGAGUAGGUGGGAUGUUUGCGGGCGGGAUGGCGGGGGGUCACCCUCCCGGGGCGGCCGGGAGGCGUCAAUCCGUGUACGCUCAUUCCGAAAACCUACAGAUUCCCAAACCGGGCGGGCCGGGCAGUGGGAUACGGAAGAGCAGCAGCAGUGGCAGCGGAAAGAUGCUGUCUAUGUCGUACAGCGAGAGCAUGCGGAGCGGCAUUAGCCGCUACCACUCGGACCAGGGCCUGAACCAGCCGCGCCCCACUGACCCGGGGGAGCUACAGCGCCUCAGGGACCAGAGGCAUGCUGCUCAGCUCAAGAACAUGGAGGACUUCCUGAAGAUGAAUGGCCUGGCCCUGGAGGAGUGUGUGUCCUACCAGACGGGCAUGAAGUAUAGAAACCUUGGAAAGUCUGGCCUGAGGGUGUCCUGCCUUGGACUAGGAACAUGGGUGACGUUCGGAGGGCAGAUAACAGAUGAGAUGGCGGAGCAGUUAGUGUGUCUGGCCUAUGAGAACGGCAUUAAUCUGUUCGACACAGCGGAGGUCUAUGCUGCAGGAAAGGCUGAGGUGGUUCUGGGAAACGUCAUCAAGAAGAAAGGAUGGAGACGCUCCAGUCUGGUGAUCACAACAAAGAUCUUCUGGGGUGGAAAAGCAGAGACUGAAAGAGGGUUAUCCCGAAAACAUAUUAUCGAAGGUUUGAAGGCCUCACUGGAGAGACUACAGUUAGAAUAUGUGGAUGUGGUUUUUGCUAACAGGCCGGACCCAAACACUCCCAUGGAAGAAACUGUUCGGGCGAUGACUCACGUGAUCAACCAGGGCAUGGCCAUGUACUGGGGCACCUCCCGUUGGAGCCCCAUGGAGAUCAUGGAGGCGUACUCUGUGGCGCGGCAGUUUAACCAGAUCCCUCCUAUCUGUGAGCAGGCAGAGUACCACAUGUUUCAGAGGGAGAAGGUGGAAGUGCAGCUACCAGAGCUCUUUCACAAGAUCGGUGUGGGAGCCAUGACAUGGUCACCAUUGGCCUGUGGGAUCAUCUCAGGAAAAUAUGACAGUGGUGUUCCACCUUACUCCCGCGCCUCUCUAAAGGGCUACCAGUGGUUGAAGGACAAGAUCCUGAGCGAGGAGGGCCGGCGUCAGCAGGCGAAGUUGAAAGAGCUGCAGGCAAUCGCGGAGCGGCUGGGCUGCACUCUGCCCCAGCUCGCCAUCGCAUGGUGCCUGCGGAACGAGGGGGUGAGCUCUGUCCUCUUGGGCGCAUCCAACACUGACCAGCUGAUGGAGAAUAUAGGUGCAAUACAGGUUCUUCCCAAACUAUCCUCCUCCAUCACGCAUGAGGUAGAUAGCAUCCUGGGGAACAAGCCAUACAGUAAAAAGGACUACCGCUCUUAACGCCACAGCACCACUCAGCCGGCCAGGCCUGCUCUAGGGCUGCAGCGCUAAGCCCCAUCUUUGCCUGAUCCUCUGUUUGCUUGAGCUUUUACUGAAUGAGACCCCGGCGCAUGAGUAUGGCCCCCCCCUCGGCCACCCUGGGGAAAAUCGUUUAGAGUCACUGGGAAAAGAAAAGGACAUGAAGAGAUGGUCGUACUGCAUAUGCAGAGAGGGAAGUGUAGACAGAAGACGGACAGGGUACGAGAGGUUAAAUAUGCGCUCAUAGAUAAGUCUGUUAUACAUACAAUUCAGCCGAAACCGAAUUUUAAAAAGUGAAGAAAAAAAUGAUUUCUGAUAAAGCACACGCUUGCUUGGCAGCCAGACAUUUAGUUUUAUUUCUCUAAAUAUUGAAUGCAUACCAAUGAUAUUUAAGUUUAUACAAAAAUACAAUACUCUAUUGCACAUGCACAGCCACACGUUUAGUUUUUUUGGAGUUGUGUUUACAGUCGCCUGUACUUGCCCAUCAACAUUUUGUUGAUACAGCUGUUUGUUUGUGUUGUCUACAUAAUCAGUGUACCAGCCUCCUCGCAGGCAGAACAAUCAGCACUUUAGUACUGGACAGACAUUGACAGGUUGUUGAAGUCGUGAGAGGAUGAAAUAUCUAAACCAUAUCUCACACACACAUACACACAAACACACACACUCAGCCUGUCAUUGUGAUACCUGCCCCGUUUCAGUUUCCUAUUUGGUCUCCUCUGACUGCCCCAUGACCUGAGGCUCAACUCUGCUACACUACCUCCAUUCACCAGGUAGACGGUGCUAAGAGGAACAGGGUGUAGUACUGCCCCCUAGUGGGCGAGCUUAGAGCGUUAAACUAAAUAAACACUUUUGGAAGGUAGUGUUCGAAUGCAAUAGAGGCGUUAUUGGUCAUGUAAAAUAAUGUCUGUAUGUGGCAGGGUUACUUUCUGAAAUAAUUUGCUAUUAUGGUAACUGUAUUGGAUGGUCUAAAUUAUAUUCUUCAGUCAGUUUUUCUGUAUUGGAGUGUAACUUUAAUGGAAAUUGCUAUUAAAUUGGCACAGUACCUAAACUUAAA